ACUCCCGGACCCGAUCCCACAGCUGGGCAUUCCCGGGUCUGAGCCCCUGGAUGGGCAUUCCCGGAUCCCUUAUUGGGUUUAUGGCAGCCAGAGCUUUUCUGGGGCCACGGUGCAGAUCCUGUGCCAAGGGAAGGGCUUUGCCCUCCCAGAGCAGGGUGAGCUCUCCAGACACGGCUGCGGUUCGGUUUCUCCUGUGGGACUUUGUCCUGUGGGACGUGCAGGUCUGGUCGGGCUCUUCCAUAAAUCCCGGCACACAGGUUAUGCAGUCUCCGCUCCCUGAAGCAGCUCGGGGGCAAAACACCGCUUUGCCCAAAGCUACAGGGAGUCAUCCCUGAGCUGCUGAAAUCCUGGGCUUAGUCGUCCUCUCUGGGGUUGGGUGGAAGCUCACGUUCUGUACACAAAGAUUACUGGGAUGGAUCCAGGCGAUGGAUUCUCCCUAUGCCAACGGAGCCUACAGCCCCCCGUACCCGCAGUACCCCAGCCUGCCCCAGGCACGGGGGUUCUACUGCUCGGGGCCCCCCCGGACCCCCUACCCCCCGGAGCCCACGGGCCUGUACCGGCCUCCAUCGCCCGCUCCUGCCUGGAGCUACGUGUCCCCAGAGUGUCCCCCCGAGGGCUCCGCGCUCCGGAGGCAGCAGGUGCCUGGCUACUCCCCACCACAGACCCCAGGAAUGCCGAUGCCGCAGUAUCCGUACGGAGACAGCAGUGCAGGGGUCGCGGCCCAGGGGCCUGUGCCACAGCCCAGAGCCCCGGAGGACACGUGGGGCCCCCCCUCAGUGUAUGGGGUGCAGCCACGUUACAGCUGGCCCGCGGCCCCGGGGCACGGGAACCUGUUCGUGCCUGACUCACACCCGUCCUGGACCAACAGCGGGGCUCCUGCCCACCCUCCCGCCUGGGACUCACAGGACUCUGCCUACGACAGACCCGAGCAGAGCCCGAGCCAGCACGGCUACUGCUCCGAGGUGAAGCAGCAGCAGUCGGGGCCGGUGGGUGAGCACAGGCCGGCCCAGCCCCAGCACAGGGUGCAGUACAGUGCCCAGCCCCAGCUCUACGACCUCGGCCAGCGCCGGCCCCCGAGCCGCGAGCCCGGGGGGAAACCGGCCGAGCAGCCUCCUGCAAACCCCGCGGCCCUCCAGCCCGAGAUCCAGAGGAUCCUCCACGUGAUGGGCGAGGCCGAGCAGCUGGAGGAAGAGGUGGAUGAGUUUGUGGGGAAAAAGACAGAUAAAUCUUACCGGCUCCUGGAGGAGAUGUUGACCAAGCUGCUGCUGGAGCUGGAUUCCAUCGAGACUGGGGGCCAGGACAGUGUCCGGCAGGCCAGGAAAGAGUCCGUCCACAGAAUUCAGGCCAUACUGGAAAAACUGGAAAGAAAGGGAUUGUGAAAGCACAUCGGCCACGACACACGGCCUGUUGUUGAAGUUCCAAAGAGUUUCAGUUCUUUUAAAUCUCAGCUCUUUCUGCUACGCACUACUGACAAUGGAAAAUAGCAAUAAGCCCUGAGUUAACAAUCAAACCCACAAAAAGGCCACCCCAGAAGCCCAGCCCUGAGAGACAACUUGGCAAAGGACAAAUUGAGAGAGGUUUGAAGAAGCAAACGUCAUUAAUGAAGAUGUUGAAGAGGACUGGGCUGAGGAUGGAGCCCUGUGGGGCUGUGUACAGAAUUCCCCAGACCAAGCCCAAUCUCUGGGUGCCUCCUGCAGCCACAGACAGUCUUUAAACACUUGCCAGAUGUGCUGCAACGUGCAGCCACCAACCAAGACUCAGGGCUUGUCCUCACUGCCUGUAUUUUCAGCUUCAGCUCCCUCACCACAAAGCCCGUGUGUCCUCGUGGGGGUUGUUUGGGUUUGGUGCACUCAAGGAGCGACAGUGACGUGCUGGAAGGGGGCACCGUGCUGGCACGGCACGUCGGGCUGUUCCUCCUCUGGGGUGAAAAGCCAGUCUGGGGUGUCCCUGUGGACAUAAGAACACAGACUGGAAAUCCCAGUUCUGCCACUGGAAAGGAGAGCUGCAAGUGGAGGACUGAUGUCAGAACAGAUGCAGGGUGUUUGGAAGUGAUUUCCAGGUCACUUGGGUAAAAAUCCUGUUUAAUGUCCCUCUCAUCCUGUGAGUUUUGUGUCCCACUGCACAGCGGGGAGGGAACAGCUCAGCCUGUUUCAGCCUCCUGGUUACAACGUGCUCAGUGACUCAUUGCCGUGUGUGACACUUAAUAAACCCUGACAAGUUUUAAAUGUUA